UGUCGCGGGUGACGAAGCUUAACGCGCCCGCGUCGCCGUUAGCUCCACGCCGGCUAACUGUAGCCGCGCGGCGACGCAGCGCGAAGCGACGCGGGCUCGUUAAACUCACCCGGGCUAAGCUAACGGUAGCCGCGUCGGCUCCAAGGUCGACCAGAGCAGGAGCGGCAUCGGAUGUUGCUGCCGACGGCUCGUCAGGUUAAUUCGUCCGGUCGUGCGCCAGUGGAGACUCGGGGCGCAUCUUCACAGUUGUCUCCAUAGCGGCUCAUCCGCAGACGUUGUUUUUUUUUAGGCCGUAUGUGCUCCGCUUACCUUAAAAAUUCCGCAUGUUUUACCUGUUUUACUCUGCGCUUGUGACUAUAUUUGUCACAUUUUUGCAUCAAGGGGAAUUUAUUGCUUGAGCCAUCAGCAAAGCCUUAAAGUCACGACUAGCCUCCAAGCAUGCGUCUGUCUGCGGUUUGCAGAUGUGUUUGUAGGAGUUUGCCUGCUUAGUGGCAUUUACAGUUAAUGUGUGACCAAGUAAAUAAGAUGAUAAAAGAGCACGGCGACCUGUUUUCAGACUCCCAGUGUAAAAUCUGCAGUGCUGUCCUCAUUUCGGAGUCUCAGAAGUUGACUCAUUAUCAGAGCAAGAAACACGCCAACAAAGUGCGGCGUUAUCUUUCCAUCCAGAACGAGACGGAGCCGUCGCUGAAGAAGUUCAAGUCGUCAGCGUCUGACGGCCAGGACUGUAACGGGGAUGCCAACCGUUCAAAGGUGUGUCACAUAUGUAACAUGACCUUCUCCUCUCCCGUGAUGGCCGAGUCUCACUACCAGGGCAAAGUUCACGCCAAGAACCUGAGGCUGAAAGCUGUCGGCCCGCUGCCCCCAGCAGUAGCAUCCCAAACGACGCCGACGGCGCCGCCGAAGAAGAAGCCCGGGGACGUCCCGGCCCCGGGCGCCGACGACAACAGCAACCCGGACCGCUUCUGCUCCAUCUGCCAGGCCUCCUUCAACAACCCGCUCAUGGCCCAGCAGCACUACGUGGGCAAGAAGCACCGGAAACAGAUGACCAAGCAGAAACUGAUGGAGACGUACGGCCCCUCCACCGCACCAGCUUCCACACUAAAGGGCUACCCGUGCACCGUCUGCAGCAUCGAGCUGAACUCCGUGGAACAGUACCAGUCUCACAUUAGUGGAGCCAAACACAAGAACCAAGUGAAGAAAUCCGGCCUGAACACGGCAGAGAACCACGACGCGGCAGAAGAGUCGUUCGAGGCCGACGUCCCGUACGCUGCCGAAGACGGAUACGCCGCCCAAAACGCCGCGUACGCUCCAGAGGACACGGAGUACUCGGAGGAGAACCAGUUUACUUGAAGGCCGGGCCGGUAGAGACUGCAGAGCACUCAGUCAGGACUUGGAAGGACACAAAACAACCAGCCCCAUUAACGUAUUAACAUAAACCUGCCAGAGUCUCUUCUCAGCAGGUCCCCCCACCUCCCCCCGGAUCACUCACCCGGACCCUAAAAUACCCCAGCGUGGUAUUUUACUAUUCUGAGUUCUCGACUGAAGCGGUUUAAGUUCUUUUCUUUUUCUUUUCCCGAGCUGAUCAAGUCUCGUCUGAGCUGCACCGAUCGAUGGUCUCGUGGCGCAUUGCAGAUUUCUAAAUGUCAACCCCACAGAAGCAGCAGAGCUCCAGGAGAACGUUGCUGUUUAGACAACAUGUGUGUAAAUAAAAGAUGCCCUUUAACACUCAAUCUUUUAAAUUAUGGAAUGACAGUUUAACUAGAUGAUGGGAAAUUGGCGUCACGCCUUCCGCCAGAUGGAAGGUGUGUGCGGCUUCGGUUGCCUCUUGCUUCUCCGAUGCUCGGAAAUGGAAACCGAUUUAGAGGCGGCGCGUCGAGCGGCUUCUGGUGGUCGUUUGCUGCGAAGCGCUUGUGCCGGAUGCUUUCAGUGCGUUUGGGCCUCAAUGGAAGAAGCUGCUGAUGUGAAAAGGCAAGAGGAUGGAAGUCUCCUGUUGGCUUCCUCUCCAUGGCGGCGUGCGUCAUGCGAAGUCCGGCAAUACCUAAAAACAAAAGUUCUUAUUCAAGUAAAACGUUGCCUGCAGACUAACGCUAUCGAAAUAAAACCGUCAAAAAUAAGAAUUCUGAUGAAUAAUUCACGUUGCGGCCCUCGUUAGAAGCAUAAACUUAAAUGAUGUGUGGCGGCUUGACGAGAAGAUGUCUCACUCUGUUGGAGUUCCGCGCGCGGAGCCGAUGCGAAACAGAACCUGGGUGUUCUGCUUGAAGCCGGACAGCAGGGUACUGCAGCCAUUCGGGCCCCCUCUGCUAACACUAACGUCCGGGAUCGAAGCAAAGCUGCUUCCCGUUUCCAGAGCCUCCCCUGAAUGUCGUUGGUUCGCAUCUCCGGUGAAUGUAUUAAUGGAAGCGUCUCCUCCUCCUCCUCGGCUUUCUUCGCCCGGUGGCGAAGCGCUGAAUGGAACCUUUGCUCGGCCAGACGAGAAAACGUCGUGAAUCAUUAUGACUUCACUAGAAUUCCUUUUUACAGUUCGAUCUGAUCCGAUGGUUUUUCUGUUCUGGUGGCCCAGAGUUCCUUGUUUACCUAUUCUUGUUUGCAGAUAAUAUAUUUUUUAUUGUGAACAAACGAACAAUCUAAUCCGGUUAAGAUUUAUUUAAUAAUGUGCUCCUUUAGGAUUUUACUCUUACAUAAUGUCCGUAGGUUGUUUUACCAGAACUGUCAUCGUUGCUGCUAAAAUGGUUAUUGUGAUCUCCGAGAGUCUGAACAGGAUCCUCUUCUGCUUGAAAACGUACCACAAUUAUUCAACAACAAGCAUUUUGUAGAGGUUGAUGUCAUUUUCUAAAGAUUCAGACAGUGUGGAUAACGAAAUGUAGAAAUGAAAGGGAUUACGAAAUGAAGAAAACCGUGAUUGUUCUCCUUUCUAAAGCAGUGGAUCUGUUACAGCUGUGAGCUUAAAGCAUAAGCUUUUUUUUGUACCGUUUUAGUUUUACUGAAAUAUUUUUAAAUACUUUCUGAGUUUUUGGGCUUUGUAAAUUCUAGAAGAGACUGAAAUCAUUUUUGCCCAUAGCAGAGAUGUUCAACAGUGAUGUCAUUGUUAGAAUAACGUUGUUGUUGUUGUUUUUGUCCAUUUGUCCUCCUGGUUGAAUUUCAGCGUUGAAUGUUCCUCAACCAUGUUUUGCUUCAGAGGGCUCAUACAUACUGUAGAGUUCAUGGUGUACAGGAGACAAAUGGCCUUUUUUCUGUUUCCCGUGUGUGUUUGGCGUUCUGUGAUCUGAUUUGUUUUAAAUAUAUAUGUUGUGUAUAACUUGAGGGGGGGGGGCAGCAAAUGAUGUGCAUAAAGUGCAGAAAUGA